ACGUUUAGCGGCAAAACCCUAAAACAGGGUUUCUCGUUCUUAUAACGGUCAAACAGGAAAACCCUAGGUACUUUAACAGACGCUCCACCCCUGUCCUACACGCGCCGUCAAGUAAAAACUUGUUCAAAAUGGCCGACGAAGAGAAGGAAGAAAUCAAGUCGUUUAAAGAUUUAGGCUUGUGCGACGAAUUAGUGGAAGCAUGCGAUAGUUUAGGUUGGAAAAACCCUACCAAAAUCCAAGUCGAAGCCAUUCCGCACGCGCUUGAAGGGAAGGAUUUGAUUGGACUUGCGCAAACUGGUUCGGGUAAAACAGGGGCAUUUGCUCUUCCCAUACUGCACGCGCUUUUAGAAUGCCAUUCGAAACAAGGAUAUAAAUCUGCACCCGUCUUCUUCGCUUUGGUGCUUUCCCCAACACGGGAGCUUGCCAUUCAAAUUGCGGAACAAUUUGAAGCUUUAGGAUCUGGAAUUAAUCUGAAAUGUGCAGUGCUUGUUGGAGGGGUGGACCUAAUGCAACAACAAAUUGCCCUUGGAAAGCGGCCACACAUCAUUGUUGGGACUCCUGGACGCCUUGUGGAUCACCUGACCAAUACUAAAGGUUUUUCUCUUCGACUGCUGAAAUAUUUGGUCUUAGAUGAGGCAGAUAGGUUGCUGAAUGAGGAUUUUGAGAAAGCACUUGAUGAUAUUUUGAAUGUUAUUCCUCGUGAUAGGCAUACAUAUUUGUUUUCUGCAACUAUGACCAAGAAGGUCAAGAAGCUACAAAGGGCAUGUCUGAGAAAUCCUGUGAAGAUUGAAGCAGCAUCUAAAUAUUCCACUGUUGACACACUGAAGCAGCAGUAUCGCUUUAUUCCUGCAAAGUACAAGGAUUGCUAUCUUGUUUAUAUUUUGACCGAGAUGUCAGGAUGUACAUCUAUGGUUUUUACUCGGACAUGUGAUGCAACUCGCCUUUUGUCUUAUAUUCUUCGGAAUCUUAAUAUAAGGGCAAUUCCCAUUAGUGGUCAAAUGACCCAGUCAAAGAGGCUUGGAGCCUUGAACAAGUUCAAGUCUGGGGAGUGUAAUGUUCUUGUCUGCACUGAUGUGGCUAGUAGAGGACUUGACAUUCCGUCAGUGGAUAUGGUUAUUAAUUAUGAUAUCCCUACAAACUCUAAGGACUACAUCCAUCGAGUGGGAAGAACAGCUCGUGCGGGACGAUCUGGUGUUGCAAUCUCACUAGUGAAUCAGUAUGAGCUGGAGUGGUAUCUGCAGAUAGAAAAGCUUAUUGGCAAAAAGUUACCUGAGUAUCCUGCUCAAGAAGAGGAAGUCUUGCUACUGUUGGAAAGUGUCACUGAAGCCAAAAGACUAUCACAGAUGAAACUUAAAGAAAUCGGAGGCACAAAGAAGAGGAGGGGUGGAGACGAUGAUGAGGAAGAUAUAGAGAGAUAUCUAGGAAGUAGGGGUAAGUCCUCCAAGAAACUGAAGAAAAAAUGAGACUUGGUUCCCACUUCCUACUAGUAUGAUGGGUUUGGGAUAUAGCUCAAAUUUUGAUCCGCGUAAGAUAUUCGACAUUACUUUCAUUGAGAGAAAAAUAGGAAGUUGAGAGAACGAGGGAGGAAUUCAACCUUUUCCCCUUUUUUGGGGGCAAGUUAUUGUACAAAACUCAUAAAAUAUAUGAUAGUAGAAACAUUUGCUUGUUGGGAGUAACGGGACAGUGCUAAGGUCUAUCUAUAUUCAUUCCUAUAUACAUACUGAGCAUACAAGAAAAGAGUUAACAAAGUUUGAUCAAUGCAGCUU